AUGUCUUCCAACAUAGAUGUCAAGUUUGCUGGAACGGGCAACGAAAAGCAGUUUAUUAGGCAGUUGGAUGAAAAAGAUCCUUCCACCAUUAGAUUCAUUGAUCACAACAACAAAGAUUAUUUCACCUGUUUACAAGGAGAUGCUGAGUUGAUAGCAGACGAAAUAUACAAAACCAGAUCAGUCAUUAAAACAUCUGAAAAGACACAAUACGUUACAAUCUCACCACAAGUGUUCCAAAAUGUUUUAAAGUUCUGCUUAUUGGAGAAGCAAUUUAGGGUUGAGAUUUACCACAACCGAACUUACCAGUUGCUAGUUAGUGGCACUGCUGGUAACCUUGAAAGCAUAAGCAAAGAGUACGAUAUAAACUUUGAAUUUCAGGACAGCUCCAGCUCAUCUAUUGCUGCCAUCAAGUUACAGGGCAACUCUGUGGGUGUUUGUAUAAUCGAAGACUCUCAUAUACAUCUUUGUGAAUUUGAGGAUAAUGAGUUGUAUUCGAACUUGGAAGGAUUGCUAUUACAAUUUGGUAUAAAGGAAGUUUUAUUGCCCAAUUUGUCAGAGAAAAAGCUCUUGCAGGUGAUCAACAAGAUUGGUAACAUUGUGGUGAGUACAAUUUCAGCUUUUAAUACCAAGAAUAUUGAACAAGACUUGGUUAAACUAUUGGAGGAGGAUAAUAUUCAAAUGGUGUUUUCGUCAAAAGGUAUGAAAUUGUCGGAGUAUUCGCUUUCGUUAUCAUGCUGCAAUGCACUUGUAGCGUACUUGGAAUUGCUUGAUAACGACUCGAAGAAUUACACCAUUGAUAAGUAUGACUUGUCAGAAUACAUGAAGCUAGAUUCUUCAACAAUGAAAGCAUUGAAUGUGUUUCCAGAGUUUAAAUCAACAUCGAUAAACUCCAUAUUCGAGCUCCUUAACAAGUGCAAAACUUCCGGGGGCUCGAGAUUGUUGUCACAAUGGUUGAAACAACCGUUGACUAGUGUUGAGGCCAUUCAAGAACGUCAAUCUUUGGUUCAGUUGUUGAUGGAGGAUGCCAGUUUGAGAGUGGCUGUACAAAAUGUAUUAGCACAAGUCCCCGAUAUCAAGAGAUUACUAAAGAAAAUGUCAAUCACAAUAGGCAAAACAGGAAAUGAAAAUAAGAAAUUAGAGGAUUUGGUGAGAUUGUACCAGUUGGUGCUUGUUUUACCAGAUUUGAUUGAAGUUUUGAAAGGUCAAGGAGAAUUAGCUACCAAGUACUGGCUCGACCCACUCGCAAAACAUUACCAAUCUUUGCUCAAAUUUCAGGAGCUUGUGGAAACAACUGUUGAUCUCAAGGGAUUGAAUGAUCUACAUUCGAAUUUUGAUAUCAGGCCCGAAUUUGAUGCUUCUUUAGUCUCAAUAAAUGAAAAGAAGCAAUCUUCGCUUGAACUGAUAAAGCAGUUGCACUUGCGUGUUGCUGAGGAUUUGAAUAUGGAUCUGGAGAAAAAGUUGAAACUAGAGCAACAUCCACAGCAUGGAUAUUGCUUGAGACUCACCAGGAACGAUUCAGUUGUGUUGCGUAACAACAGGAACUAUAUUGAAUUGCAAACUGUUAAAGCAGGAGUUUACUUCACCACUGGUGAAUUGAGGAAAUUAUCUCAAGUUUAUUCAAACUCGUGCGACGAGUAUAAUAUCAAACAGCGCGAAUUGAUUAGAGAAGUGCUUUCGAUUUCAUUAACCUAUCAAGGAGUGUUUUCCGCUUUGAGUUUAGAUCUUUCCCAUUUAGAUGUGAUUACCAGUUUUGCCAAUGUGGCGUUACUUGCUCCAACGACGUUUGCAAAGCCAAAAUUGACACCUAUGGACUCUAAAGAAAGAAAAGUCAGUCUCCAUGAUUCAAGACAUCCUUUGCUUGAAGUGCAAGAUGAUGUCGAGUUUAUUCCGAAUGAUGUGCUCAUGGGCGAGAAGUUCUUCAAUAUAAUUACGGGACCAAAUAUGGGUGGUAAGUCCACAUACUUGAAGCAAAUUGCCACUACCGGGCUCAUGGCACAAGUAGGGUCAUUUGUUCCUGCGCAGCCAGGUGCCGAGUUGCCCAUUUUUGAUGCAAUUUUGUCGCGUGUUGGUGCUGGUGAUUCCCAAUUGAAGGGUUUGUCGACGUUUAUGAUUGAAAUGUUGGAGACGUCGUCUAUAUUGGCAACGGCAACUUCAAACUCGUUGUUGAUCAUUGAUGAAUUGGGAAGGGGGACUUCCACAUACGAUGGGUUCGGACUUGCAUGGUCUAUUCUGGAGCAUCUCAUACAAACCAAGAAAUGUUUUGCUUUAUUUGCUACUCAUUUCCAUGAAUUGAACAAACUUGCUGAAAAGUAUCCUGAAUCUGUUGAGAAUUUGCAUGUUGUUGCUUACGUUGAGAACAAGGAUGAUAUUACAUUGAUGUAUAAAAUCGAGCCUGGUAUUUCAUCCAAAUCAUUUGGGAUCAAUGUUGCCGAAAUGGUGAAAUUUCCAAAUAAAAUCAUCAAUAUGGCCAAGAGGAAAGCCGAUGAGCUACAAAAUAGUACAAACUUGAAAAAGAGCCGGGUUGAUGGUAAGCAAAUCAAGCAGGAGGUGGAGGAAUUGAAGUCUGUUUUGAAGAAAUGGAGAGAACAGAACCAUCAAGAUGUUUCCACCGCUGGUGAGAGUUUAAAAGAGUUGUUGAAGAGUACCACCAAUGGGUAUAUUUCAGAGUUGAUACAAACUUUGUAA